CCCUCACUGAGAGAGAGCCCACGGUGAGGAGAGUCAGUCCGGUGAGACGUCAGACAGGAGCUACGGAGAGGUCCCGAGGUGUGUAUGUGUGUGGAUGACAUUACCGGGGCACGUGCACGAUGCUGAACGCCGUUAAGAUGGAGGGACACGAGCACGUGGACUGGAGCGGCGGAGGGUACUACGGAGAGGCCGAGUGUUACCCCACUGUGAGCGGCCUGAGCUCCAUGAACUCUAUGAGCUACAUGAACGCUCCUGGAAUGACCACUGCCGGACACAUGAACCACUAUCUGAACCCUGCCGGGGUCAACCACUCCUCAAUGCCUGCCGGAGUUUCACCGAGUCCUGGGGCUGGAUCUAGGAUGACUGGCCUGGUGAGCCCCAUCAGCCCGCCUCCCUACGGGAACAUCCCAGUGCUGAGCCCGGUGUACGGGGCGCCCUGCGGGGCUGCGCCCAGAGAGCCCAAACCCCCCUACCGGAGGAGCUACACCCACGCCAAGCCUCCAUACUCCUACAUCUCCCUCAUCACCAUGGCGAUACAACAAUCCGAGAGUAAGAUGCUGACGCUGAACGAGAUCUACCAGUGGAUCAUGGACCUGUUCCCGUUUUACCGGCAGAACCAGCAGCGGUGGCAGAACUCCAUCCGACACUCACUCUCCUUCAACGACUGCUUCAUCAAAGUGCCCCGCCUACCGGAUAAACCAGGAAAGGGCUCGUUUUGGGCCCUGCACCCGGACUCUGGGAACAUGUUUGAGAACGGGUGCUACCUCCGGAGACAGAAACGCUUCAAGACCGGGAAGAAGGCCGGGGCAGAGGGAGGAGAGGCGGCGGAAAAGGCGGGCUCUGAAGGCAGCUCGGUGACCUCCACUGGGUCAGACUCCCCUCACUCUUCCUCCUCCUCUACCUCCCUCUCCUCUCCUUCAUCCUCUGAUGUGAAGACGGCUGGACUCGACCUAAAACCGCGUCCCUCCAGCCCCAUCCGUGUGCCCUCCCCUCACUUCUACUCCCACCAUCACCCUCUGCUUCUCCCUGAGCCAUCUCACCUCAAACCAGACCCCUACCAGCCCCACCAUCACCCCCACUCCCACCAGUACUCCUUCAGCCACCCGUUCUCCAUCAACACCCUCAUGUCAGAGCCGGUGGGUCAGUACGGGAUGGGUCAGUACUCCUGCCCUGUCUCUGGAGCGCUCAUGGCGGGCAGAAACAGCCUGGAUCACGGUCACAGUGACAGCAGCUACUACCGUGGAGUGUACAGCAGAACCAUCAUGAACUCCACCUGAAAUAACACCUGACUUUUUACAGUGUGGACUCUGAAAAAGACAGAAGGACUCACUGAGUGUGCUAUUAGAUUUGUAAAUGUUUUCCACAUUUUAAUCUUUUCGUCUUUGGAGUGUUUGUGUGUUAAAAAGAUAAAAAAUCUUUCUACAAA